AUGCGGCUCAACUUCGCUCUUCCGCUGCUUGCUGCCUCAUUUUUUGCGGCAUUGGAUGCUCUUCCCCCACGUGGUAAUCCUGUAUUAACCAGUUUGGGCAACGCUGGGGAUCAAGGUCCACGUCCGGAACUGUCACGCAUCGAUGGCGAAGAGAGAGUUGGUGGUGAAUAUGUCGAGGGUGCUAUGAAGCUUGUCGAGGGUGCUCAGAAUUGGAUUUCGUCGGUGUUGUCGAAGCUUCUUGUCGAGGGUGCUCAGAAUCGGAUUUCGUCGGUGUUGUCGAAGCUUCUGAACAAAAAAGCUCGGACUUGGAGUAUGCUGGAUCCAGCAACAGUGGACAAUCUGGUCGCCCACAAAGAUAUCAUGCAGAGCUACAACGAGCUGGCUCGCGAAGAUAUUUCGGAGUUGAAGAUGGUGUCGGAACUGACGGAUCGCCACACUCAUCAAGGAGUGGCCUCCUGGAUCAGCGCGCUGAAGGGCCUCAACAGCGAAGGGGCGAAGAGCAUCGCAGCCAGAUUGCAGGCUGGCCAGACACAACAACUAGCUGAGAACGCCUUUAUCAGACUUCGCCUUAGCGAGGGGGUCUUAAACACGAAGAAGGGAACCAGUUCGUAUUCAAAAUACAAGUGGCGAUUCGACGACCCAAAGUUCGCGUACUGGAAAGCAUACGUGGAGACGAUUAACCAACGUGACCCGGCGAUGACGAUUAUAGAGACUUUGACUCAUUACUUGGAUGAUGAACACCUCGCUCAUGCUCUCAUACUAGCAAGCAUGAAUCCUGAACUGGAAGUGAUGAUUGCAGAGUUGCAAACGGCGCUACUAAGAUUCUGGGUGAGAGGAAAUGUUAACCCGGACAAAGUCACGGCAUGGCUAAGUAUAGGUGGUGAAAGGUUUGACAGUCAGAGGAAGGAACUGAAGGAUCGGUACACGGCUGUUUUCUCUUGGAGAGGGCUCGAUGUAGCAACACAGGACACUCUUUUUCAGCACGAAAAAGUCAUGCGGAGCUACAUGAUGCUGGAUGACGAAAAUCUUGAGGGCGAACACAUGCUGGCGGAACUAAUAAGUCGUCACAGUGAUGAGGAAGUAGCUAAGGCGUUGAUCGCGGUGACGGGCGUGAAGGACGAGCGCUAUAAGAACGCCGCAAAAGAACUGCUGGAGCUACAGUAUGCGGGGUGGGACCGCGACAGGCACGAACAUCCGUCUGACUACGUGUUCAAGCUCCUCGGGCUUAAUAAUCUGAGUUCUGGACCGAACCAUGUUCGAACGGCGAUAGGUGAAGCAGAGUCACUGUUCUACAACCCAAACUUCAAAGUCUGGGAAGAAUAUCUGAACCGUAUCACCGGAGGUGACUCGGAGGAGGUGAUUGCCGAGAUGAAAAAGACCAUGCUACGUGUGCAUGGUAAAGGCGUCUUGGAUUGGCUACUCGAUGCCGCAAUAGAGGGGGGUGGUAGUAUGGGGGAGUUUGCCGCCAAGCUGCGAGCGGCUCAGGUGGAGCAGUGA